AUUUACUAAAUCUACAAAACAAGAAUAAUUUUUAAUAAUUUAUUAUUCUAUAUCCAUGUACUUCAUAAUUGGUUGUUUUGUGAUUAUUUUCUCUCUUCUCGCCUAUAUAAUUCCUUUCGAGUCUUCGGAGAAAACACAAAGCAGUUAGAGGAAGCAGUUACAAGUGAUUCCACUUAUGACAGAAAAGCCGAAGGGAAAGCAUUCGAAGAUUCCAAAGUCGGCGUUAGAGGCCUUAUAGAAUCCGGUGUGACCAAAAUCCCACGCAUGUUCCACUCCGGCAAGUUGGACGCCAACGAAACUCAAGCAACUGCCUAUGAUUCCAAUGUUCCCAUCGUCGACAUCAGAGACAUAAAGAGCAGCACAACUUUCCGCGCCAAAGUAAUUGAAAAUAUUCGCAGGGCAUGCCAUGAGUGGGGAAUUUUUCAGGUGAUUAAUCAUGAAAUUCCAGUCAGCAUCUUGGACGGUAUGAUCGAUGGGAUUAGGCUGUUCCAUGAACAAGAUGCUAAGGUAAGGAAAGAGUUUUAUUGCAGGGAUCUUGUAAAGAAGAAAGUUUUGUAUCAUUCCAGUGUUAGAGCUAAUACUAACCAGGCUGCUAAUUGGAGAGAUACUCUUACUAUGUUGGUUGCUCCUCAUCCACCCAAACCAGAAGAAAUACCAGAAAUAUGCAGAGAUAUUGUGAUUGAAUUCUCAAGGAAGAUAAUGGAAUUGGGUUUCACCAUCUUUGAGUUAUUAUCAGAGGCCCUUGGCCUUAAUCCUUCUUACCUGAAGGAGUUAGAUUGUGCCGAAGGACUCUACAUUUUGGGUCACUACUAUCCACCAUGCCCUGAACCUGAAUUAACAAUGGGAGCCACCAAGCACACUGAUAGCACCUUCAUGACAUUAAUUCUGCAAGACCAACAUGGUGGGCUUCAAUUUCUUCACCAGAAUCAAUGGGUCAAUGUUCUUCCUGUGCAUGGAGCUAUAAUAGUAAACAUAGGAGAUCUUCUACAGCUUAUCACAAAUGAUAAAUUCAUCAGUAUUUAUCACCGGGUGUUAUCAAAGAAAACAGGACCAAGAAUUUCUAUAGCAAGCUUCUUUGUGAAUGCACAGGAUCCAGUUGAAGGUACUCCUAAGGUCUAUGGUCCUAUCAAGGAACUACUUUCAGAAGAAAAUCCUGCAAUCUACAGAAAGGCCACAAUAAAGGAAUUUUUAGCAAAAUAUUUUGCCAAGAGCCUAAAUGGGAGCUCUCAAUUGGGUUCUUUUAAAUUGUGAAUUCAACACGUUAUUACACUACUUUUUAUUACAUGUAGUGGCCUAAUUCAUCGGAAUAAUAAGUCAUCAUCAUUUCCUUUGAUAGUUUGAUAUAUGGCUUGUUUCCCUUCAUAAAUGACCUUAAUGUAAGAAACAUCUCAACAUCAUAUUCUGACGUUAGGA